AUUAGUUAGUUACAAUAAAGAUUAAGAGGAUUUGUGAUAUGACAAAACUAAAACUUAUUUUAAUGGAUGUAAAUCUAAGUUCAAAGCAUUAAUUAUUUCAAAAAAAAAUUCAAUAUAUUGAUUUUUUGGGAGCCUGAAUCUGAAUAAAUUCAUAGACUAAUGAAAAGAAUUAGAACCUAUAAAGUUCAAGUAAAAACCAUAGUUCUGAUGGACAAUGUUUUCUCUUCCCCUCGUAACGCUGCGUUUCCUGCUGAUCUCCGUGUUCUCGUUGUCGAUGACGAUCCCACCUAGUUGAAAAUCCUUGAAAAGAUGCUCAAGAAGUGUUCUUUUGAAGGUUAAUUCGCUCAAUCUCUCUUUACUUCUGCUCCUCUUUUCACUUGUUAGCAUUUAAUCAAGCUUGCUUAUUAUCACUACCACUGUAAAUUAUAAACUGGGUUAAUGUUGCGGAUGAACCUGCCUCUAAUCCUUCAAUAUUUCCUGCAUCAAUUUCCUUUUCUUUGCUGUUCCAUGGUGGUAAUUAAUAAUUGACGCGUCUUUUCUAUUCUGUUGUUCUGCUACUUGGGUUCUUUAGGAUAGCGAGUUUUUCCUGUUGAAAAUGCAUUUGAAAUUCGAAUUUGUACUUUUUUUAAUCUCAAUAACAAUGCCAUUUGUCUUGUUCAAGUGUGAAGGCAACAGGAACCUAUAUGACAUCAUGUUAAUAUGGAAUUCUGGGCGCCGUUGAUGAUCUUUCUGAGCAUUUUUUCAGCCUAUCCGUUGGAUUUUUACUGUCUUAAUUCAGAAUUUAAUUCGUGGAUUUUGUUAAGUGAAACCACUGGUCAUCAUAUAAACAUGCACUUAAUCUGGAGAACGUUCUAAAAUUUAAAUGGCUCAACGUUUCAUUUCACUUAUCAACUUUGCUUUUCGAGGUCUAACAUACUCUUGAGCUCAAAAAUUUCAUAAUAAGUAGGCAAAAAUUUUAGUUAAAAAAAAAAAUUGCCCUGUCAGCUGUACAUGGUUUCAAGCGGUAAUUUCAUUUAUUUUAGUUUUUCUCUUUUGCUUCUUCUAUCAGCUCUUCUCUUUAUCGUGCAUGUGCUCACUCAUGAAAAUCAACUUGUAAGGAGAAAGUGCUUUGGGGCUUAUUAAUCUCUCGUCAUGAUUGUCCUUUGGCAAUGUUGGAUUACAAUUUGAUCCCAUGUUUGGUGAAUCAACCUUCCUGUUGGUCACGGUAAACACCAUACAUAUCAGACCUCAUGUCCUUACACAAUGGGUUUAAGUCACUAUUUCGUGAGCCACUAUUACAAGUGUUGGAUCUGGCAAGAUAGUGUUGGCUCUUAUAUCAUUUGCUAUUAACCACUUAAGAAACAAGCCAAAUAAGUAGAAUUCACUCGUAAAAGAGGCCUGCAAUGGAAUGUGCCAAAGGACUUAUUAUCCACUCACUAAGGUUGUCAUAUAGCAAUUUCAGACCAUAGCAUUGACGGAUACAUAUCAUCUUUAAUAGUUUUCCCUUCUGGAAUGCUGUUGUGUUGUUUAGUGACCAGAUGUGCUUUAGCAAGAGAAGCUCUGCACUUGCUUCAUGAGAGGAAAGAUGGAUAUGACAUUGUCAUCAGUGAUGUCAACAUGCCUGACGUGGAUGGUUUAAACUUCUUGAACACGUUGGACUGGAGAUGGAUCUUCCUGUCAUUAGUCAGUUGUUUUCCCCUAAAUAUAUGGAUUUGAAUACCAAAACCUUUCCUCUUUAUUUAUUUUUGUUUCUUAUACGCUCUUUUGAUAAAAUGUAUUCAUGUCACUUUGCAGUGAUGUCUGUUGAUGGAGAAAAAAGAUGGCUUAUGAGAGGUGUUCAACAUGGAGCCUGUGAUUAUCUUCUUAAGCCAAUACGAAUGAAAGAGCUUCGGAAUAUAUGGCAGCAUGCAUUCAGAAAGAAAAUUCUUGAAGAAAUGGAAACUAUGCAAAUGACUAUAAAUGGACUAGAUCAGCUCAACAAUGGCUUGUUUUGUGGAGAAGAUCUGACUUCAAUCAAGAAAAGAAAAGAAAAGAUACUGAAAGCAAACAUGAUCACAGAUAUCCUGGUGACAAUUCUUCCACAAAGAAAGCCAGAGUAGUUUGGUCAGUAGACCUUCAUCAGAGUUUUGUCACAGCGGUAAUUCAGAUAGGAUUUGAUGAAGUUGGUCCAAAGAAAAUCCUCGACUUGAUGAGUGUCCCAUGGUUGACAAGAGAAAAUGUUGCACGCCACUUGGAGAAAUACCUACACUAUUUGAGUAGAUUGGAGAGGGAAGAAGAGCUGAAAACUUGCGUUGGUGGGAUAAAGCAUUCAGACUCACCCGUGACAGGCACUGGUUUACAAGUCCAAAAUAUGGAGCCUAGAAACCAUGGCAGCGAGGCAAAGUUAAGAUUUAUGCAGAACGCAAAAGAACUUUAGCUGUAGAAGUUCCUAAUCUUUGUAAGCCCUUGAUGGAAAAUCUAGUUGAAGCUAGUCCGGAGAAAAACAUUUACUGGAAAAAAUUUCCAUGGUUGACAGGAGAAAAUGUUGCUGUACGUUGGCAGAAAUACCGUCUUAAUCUUUGGACUGGAUUGCAGAAGCAAAUUGACCAAAAAUUUGCUUUUGAAUCAACAUAUUAUUCAGAAUCACCUGCACUAGAUUCCACUGCAAGUGUUGACACUCAGUACUCAUGCAACAUGUGGCAUGAAGGCGUUUCAAAUUCUAGUUGUGAAUUUUCUGGCAACUUGGAACCCAGAAGCUACGGCAGAAGCUAUGUAAGUGAUGAAGAGGAAACCGUUUCAGUGCCUGUGGUAGCAUCCAAAAGAUCUUUAACUACUGAUGAGUCUGAUACUUGGAAGCCCAGGAGUUCAGAGACUCAAUUUAGUUAUUCUAGCCCCUCUUCAGAAUCAGGAGUAAACCUUGUAGCAUUUGAUUCUAUAUUUGUAUGCUCAAGGGAUGAUGAAAAGAAAAAGAAGCACAAAGAUGGUGAAGAACGAACUUCAAGCAAAAACCCAUUAAUGGCCGACGUCCCAGGUCUCCGUGUUCUCGUUGUCGAUGACGAUCCCAUGUGGUUGAAAAUCCUUGAAAAGAUGCUCAAGAAGUGCUCUUAUGAAGUGACCACAUGUGCUUUAGCGAGAGAAGCUCUGCACUUGCUUCAGGAGAAGAAAGGUGGAUAUGACAUUGUGAUCAGUGAUGUCAACAUGCCUGACAUGGAUGGUUUUGAACUUCUAGCAGAUGUUGGACUAGAGAUGGAUCUUCCUGUCAUCAUGAUGUCUGUCGAUGGAGCAACAAGUCGGGUUAUGAAAGGUGUCCAGCUUGGAGCCUGUGAUUAUCUUCUUAAACCAAUACGUAUGAAAGAAAUUCAGAAUAUAUGGCAGCAUGUAGUCAGAAAGAGAAUAUAUGAGCCAAGAGACAUUGAAAUUCUUGAAGGAAUGGAAACCAUGCAAAUGACUACAAAUGGAUCAGAUCAGUCCGAUGAUGGUCACUUGCCUUGUGGAGAAGAUCCGACUUCAGCUAGGAAAAGAAAAGAUGUUGAAAGCAAACAUGAUGACGAAGAUCCUAGGGACACUUCUCCCACAAAGAAAGCCAGGGUAGUUUGGUCAGUAGAACUUCAUCAGAAAUUUAUCAAAGCUGUAAAUCAGAUUGGAUUUCAUGAAGCUGGUCCAAGGAAAAUCCUUGACUUGAUGAAUGUUCCAUGGCUGACAAGAGAAAAGGUUGCAAGCCACUUGCAGAAAUACCGUCUCUACUUGAGUAGACUGGACAGGGUAAAAGACUUGAGAACUUGUGUUGGUGGGAUAUAUUAUCCAGAAUCGCCUGCACUCGACUCCACUGCAAGUGCUGAAACUCAGUACUCAUGCAACAUGUGGCACAAAGGAGUUUCAAAUGCUAGUUGCGGAUUUUCUGGCGAUAGCUUAUCUCUGUAUUACUUGGACCCCAGAAGCUACGGCAAAAGCUAUGUAAGUGAUGAAGAGGAAACUGUUUCAGUGCCUGUGAUAGCAUCCAAGAGAUCUUUAACUACUUAUAAUUCUAAUACAUGGAAGUCCAGGAGUUCAGAGCCUGAAUUUAGUAGCCCUUCUUCAGAAUCGGAAGUAAACUUUGCUGUAUUUGAUUCUACUUUCCUAUUUGCAUACUCAAGGGAUGAUGACAAGAAUCACAGGAAUGAUGAUGAGCAAACUUCAAGCAAAAACCAAUAAUGACCCAUAUUCGAGAGAUAAUCAUACGUGUGCUGGACUCCUCCAUAUAAAAAUUACGUGGGAUCUACUCUUUUAUAUCCUGUACGUUUGUGCCACACGUUUGUAUUCCGUAUUCCGUAUGUUUGUGUCUUGGGUUCAUUUUUAGUUAGAUGAAAAAAGGGUGUACUAUUUUAUCAAUAAAAAAAUUAUUAAUAUAUAGUUAAAUACUUAUUGAAUAAGUAGUUCAUAAAAUCUAAAA